ACAAACUUUCCCAAAUUCUUCGCUAAAACCCCUUUGGCUGCAUCACACACAGUUCCUCACUUCACACAUCCCAGCUGUACUCUCUCUCUCUCUCCCCAAGAACUUGAUAAUGAGGAGUUCUAUGGGGGCAGUGAUAGGGAGGUACCCAUCAAGCGACGGAAGUGCCGAAACGGGUGGAAUCAUAAAGCACAACAGGAAAUGCAGAGAUGUUGUGUUCCUUGUCAUCUUCAUUGCCUUCUGGGUGGGAAUGAUUGUUAACUCCAGCUUUGGAUUCAACAGAGGAAACCCAUUGAGGCUUACUUAUGGGCUGGACUACAAAGGAAAUGUGUGCGGCGAUAGGCAUGGAAAUCCCGACCUUCGGCAAUUGGAACUCAGAUAUUGGUUGAAUCCCAACCAGGUUUACCAGAGUGGAUUAAAGAACAGCCAAUUCACACUUGAUAAUGCCCGGAGUAUCUGUUUGUUGGAUUGCCCUAUCCCAUCCGAAGAUUCUCUCAAUUGGGUGUGUGAUUAUCCAGAGGGAGAUAUCCAUCUAUCAACUGACGACUGGAUAGAUAGGAAUUAUGACUAUUUUGCUGAUCUAACUCCUGUUCUAAGGAACACCUCUCUUCAACUUCAAGGUCCCUGUUAUCCGGUUAUCUUUCCAAGCGUGAACGUUUACUGGAGCUGCCAGUUGAUUGCACGUGCAUCAAAUGUGUCUUUGCGACAUUGGCAGCAAAUGGGUGGAGUAAGCGUUGUUGAGGACAUACUCAUAGAUAAAUCAAUCCACAAGUCCGUCAAUUCACAGUCAGCAGUUUUAAAGAGAUAUGUCGCUGACAUUGGCAAGUCUUGGCCUGUAUUGAUUGUUUGUGGAGGAAUCCUGCCACUGUUCCUAUCAGUAAUAUGGCUUUUGAUGAUUAGACAUUUUGUGGCUGGGAUGCCAUGGAUAACAGUCAUCCUCUUCAACGUCCUCAUAAUUUCAUUUACAAUGUUCUAUUAUUUGAAGGCUGGAUGGAUGGGAAACACUGCCAUAUCUCCUAUUAUUGGUGAGCAUGAUCCAUAUUAUAACGUAUCUUCCAGGGAGCUUAAACAUCUUCAAGCUGUUGCUAUUCUCAUGACCAUUGUGAUGAUUAUCUCCAUUCUUUCAUCUAUUGCAAUAGUCCGCCGCAUCCUUAUGGCAACAUCUGUUCUCAAGGUUGCUGCCAAGGUCAUCGGAGAAGUUCAGGCACUUAUAAUCUUUCCAGUCAUACCUUACUUUAUCCUUGCAAUUUUUUACAUGUUCUGGCUUUCGGCUGCUCUCCAUCUUUUCAGUUCCGGUCAGGUCCUCGAAAAUGACUGCAACUCCAACUGCUGUGCCUAUGAGCUUGGGUUGAAAAGGGUGAGCUGUGAUCGUUGCUGCGGUUAUAGCAUCCAUUAUACUUCCCAUAUCGGUGCUGCAAUCCUUUUCCACCUAUUUGGCUGUUACUGGGCCACACAGUUUUUUAUAGCAUGCUCUUCAACUGUGAUUGCGGGUUCUGUUGCUUCCUACUAUUGGGCACGUGGUGAAACAUCGCCAGAGAUUCCAUUUCUUCCUGUUGUCUCCUCCAUGAAGCGGCUGAUGCGUUACAGCCUUGGUUCUGUAGCUAUUGGCUGCCUACUUGUAUCCUUUGUUGAGUCCAUCCGGUUUAUACUUGAGGCUAUUCGUCGCAAAUUGAAAGUUGCUAAUGUGGUACCUGAUAGCCACAUUGGAAGGUUGGCAUUUCACUCUUCUCAGUUUUUCCGACGAUGUAUUGAAUGGACCACCAAAUCCGUGAACCGCAAUGCCUAUAUUAUGAUUGCUAUCACGGGAAAAAGCUUCUUUAAGGCUUCUGAGUUCGCGACAGAAUUGAUCAUCAGCAACAUCCUUCGGAUAGGGAAAGUGAACGUGAUUGGUGAUGUUAUCCUCUUUCUUGGGAAGUUGUGUGUCAGCCUUUCAAGUGCAGUGUUUGCUUUCCUCAUGUUGAACACUCACAAAUACAACUCUGCCCACAACAAGAUCUCCUCCCCUCUAUUUCCUGUGCUGGUAUGCUGGGGUCUCGGCUAUGUUGUAGCUACUCUUUUCUUUGGCGUUGUGGAGAUGUCUAUUGAUACCAUCAUCCUCUCAUUCUGCCAGGAUUCUGAUGAGCACCAAGGUACUGCUCAAUUUGCCCCUCCCCUUCUCCUUGAGACUCUCAAUGACCAAAAUGAGAUGCAAAGACUUACCCAAUAACCCCUUUGUAAACCUUCCAAUGCUUGUUUUGUUUUGUUGUAUUCUCUUCAUGGAACUUGAGAAUCCUCAAUGUAUAAUAUGAUCUAUAUGCUUUGGUCCGCGCUCA